CAUCAAUCCAUCUGGUAAAUUUAUAUGGCGGAAUAAUAUUUAGGUUCACUAUGUCACUUAUCGUGUUGCUCUUAAUAGCUGUGGUGGAAAACAGCACGUUUUGUCUUUUUAUGGUACCACAACCGUGCACAGUAGCAACAUCAUCGUUUCCCAACAGACUAUCAUAUGAAGAAAUUGUACAUAUUUCCAUUGUUUCAAAGUAUGUGGUUAUAUUGUAUUUUAGAAGCAGACGCUGGUUCAUGUACAACAGACUUCCCCAGAAUCAAAUGCUACUGCUGCAUGAAAACACAUCAAUGGCAUUUUUAACAAGAUACCAGGUUGGCGAUUGAAGAUACCCCAUAAAUAUGGGCCUCCCCGCCAUUGAGGAUCCUAGGAGAGCCUUAGCAUGGCAAAAGAGGAGCUGGUUUAAAGCUUAUCAAGUCUUGAUAUAAUCUUCAAGAACGAGGAUGCAAACGCCCCAAACCGGG